UGUUCUUGUCAUCAAGAAACGACGUUUUUUGCUGAGCGACUCCCAAAUUUGCGCGGAAAAAAUCGAUUAACCGGCGAAGGGACAAGUAGAGAAAGGUCAUAAGCGCUCUUACGACUCCGACUACGACUACGACUCCGACUCCGUCGCCAAUGAAACCAGCCUUUAUUUUUUAGAGAUGCUUGCUCGAUUAUGAGUGAUAUCACUGGAACAUUUUAGAAAACCAAGGAUCUAUAGCAAGGAAAGUUGCUUGAGGUGAGUCAGGUGCACUGAGACAAUUAUUUGUUACUAAAAUCCACUGAUGAAAGUCAUUGCUAACAAAGGAUUGUGACUUCUCUUCUUCUAAAUUACCUCAUCGGAGCAACAUUAUCACUCUGCUUUGGCUACCGAUUCCCAUCAUAUACAGAGCAGAUUAACAAUAAGGUAAGGUGUUAUUAAUUGGCAAGCGUAGUUAUCUUUCCGGCAUAUUUUCUUUCCUAGAAGGAUUGAAUUUUUCAGUUGAGGAGAAAAACAUUGAGAUCUUGGGCGAAGAGGCAAGUUUAAAGUUCUUUUUUUUAUUAAAAUUUUAUGCCGGCGCUCGUUUCGGUUUCCAUCUCUGGCUUUUACGCAUAGUUUAUGUUGCACAAGAUCUGUCUAUUUCAUACAUAUUAGAAGUUUUUGCUCUAUAUUUUUGUUUGCAGAUUAUGAAUUUUUCAUUUGUAUUCGUGUUUUUGCAGUUAUAUAUCAUUCCAGGUCGGUCUGUUAAACAUAGCUGUCAGUCAACAAGAAGUUGGUGCAGAAAAGAACUUAGAAGCCAAGUAAGAUUUUACAAAGGUAAACCUUUUAACAAAACUCAUCGGUCUUUAUCUUGAAAACAAGUUCUUGAAUGGCCAUGGAAACCAGUAAUCUGAAUGCCUCGUAUGAUUUCUCGCCUUGUAUCCCUUGGCUUGUUGCUUCUAUCGCUGAAUGUCUGGCUAUUGUCAUCCUCAAUCUCUUCACCAUUAUUGUGUUUGUAAAGCAGCGCCAUCUACAACGCCGGAGUACAUACUUAAUCAUCCAUAUGGCCAUAAUCGAUCUCUUGGCUGGAGCAGUUUCAGGUCCUCUGAUUGUUUACGACAUUUUGGGGCUCUAUUGUGAUUUACGGAAGGAAACUGACACGAUUUAUCCAUUGGCCCAUUUCUUUCCCAUGGCCUCCAUUGUAAAUCUCGCUGUUAUUUCCUUAGAAAGAAUGCAUGUCACAAUCUUUCCCUUUGAACAUCGCGUGAUUGAGAGAAGGGUUUACGGAAUAGUAAUUGCUGCUAUUUGGUUUCUAACUUCAUUGAGGGAAAUUGUUGACUUUGUGUUAUACGAAACACAAGGAAAUUCUCAUCUUGCAAUAUCAUUCUCAACAAUUACCUUGGCAUCAUUUGGGUCGCUUUCUCUGAUUUUGAUUUGUGUUUCUUAUAUCUCUAUUUUCAUCCAAGUUCGAUUCAGUCCUACUCCUCAACAACACGGUGCGACCAACAGAGAGAGUAAACUGACCGCCACCAUACUUAUUGCCACGUUUGCAUCUUUGCUAACGUGGCUUCCAGUUACAACUUUCAGAGUAGUUAAAUAUUUGCAUGUAGGUCUUCUCUCGGGCUGUUACACUCAACGGUUUUCCUUUCAUAUAAAAAUGACGCUAGCGGCUCUAGUUGGCGCUAAUUCCCUGGCAAAUCCUAUUGUAUAUGCUAUAAGGAUGCCAGAAUUUAGGGCAGGUAUUGUCAAAAUGUUCUGCAGAUCCCCAAGCACUACAAGUGAAGCUGAUAUCAUUUACCUCUGAUAAAUCUCCAGAGCACGCAUUUGAGUACUGGACGUCAGUAAAAUAGACACGUAAAUACUUGCAUUUGAUUCUUUUAAAGUAUUAAAAUCAUACCCAAAGAUAUAAUGUAAUGUAGACUCCCUUGCUUCCGGUGCAUUAGCGUAGCGAGUAUAUCUUUGAUACAUGUGUAAGUUUUGAUUCAACCUUCGUUGGUUGGUUCGUCGUAUGUAACAGCCUAUAGCUAUAAGAGUCACCGAUUAUAGAAGCCAAAAAGUUGUUUGUUUUCAUGAAGACUUACAAAUCAUGCCAUCCAGUACCUAAGCGAUGAGUAGUAUCCAUGCAUGAAGUCAACUAAGCUGACAACUCUUCAGAAAUAGUUCUAGCAUUGAUCAAAUAUGUAACUGUUUGAUAAUAAUAUAUUUAGAACAAAUUACGGGAAAUAGAAAAUAAAUGUAAAUAUCAACGAAAACCAUCGUCAUUCUAUCGAACAAACAUCAGGAGAGAUUAUACUCAGGUGUUAAACAACGAGUCCUGGAAAGAAAUCUUACUUAUUCGACAUCCAAAUAUUUACAAAUGGAAAGGAAAACUUGUCUAACAUAAUUGUGCAUUUACUUGUACUUAAUAGGACCAACAUCCUUGAUUAGAUUAAAAUCAUUAUACCUCGUGCUCUAGCA